GUCCGGCUCAGUAUUUGAACCCCUCUCCCAGUCGGCUUCUCCCUUUCCAUCCGCAAUCAUUAACCUACUCAAAUUCAGUCGCCGCAAUGACUUCUCCAACCCCCGCCCCAUUCGGCACCUGGGAAAGCCCCAUCACGGCCGAGACCGUCACUUCGCAAGGCAUCACCUUCUCCGCCAUUACAACUACACCUGAUGGCACCAUUUACGUCGCUGAGGGUCGCCCCGCUGAAGAAGGCCGCUCCUGCAUCGUCGAAUGGCGCAACGGUCAACCCCGCGACGUGCUGCCUAGAGAGUACAGCGCGCGCACCGCGGUCCACGGCUACGGCGGCGGCGCCUUUGCCGCCAUCCCCAAUGGAAACAUCGUCUUCCACGAUUGGAAAACCCAUGGGGUUCAUAUUCUCGAUCCCGCAACUGGCAGCGUGACGACUGCUGUCGAGCCGGACCCCAAGAUCUACUACGCGGAUUUCAAUGCCCACCCGCACAAUCCCGAAAGCAUCCUGGCGAUCCGGGAGGACCAUCGCUCGGGCGAGGCGAUCAAUGAGCUUAUUCUGAUCAACAGUGCCGAGAAGACAGUCAAGGUUGUGGUCUCGGGCGCGGACUUUUACUCCCAUGCCAGGUUUAACCCCACCGGGGACCAGGUUUCUUGGAUCCAGUGGAACCAUCCCGAUAUGCCGUGGACGGGCACGGAGCUUUUUGUUGCUUCGUGGGUGGAUGGGGCGCUCGAGAAGCCGGUUAAGCUUGCUGGCCAGGCGGGCGAAGAGAGUGUUAUCCAACCCCGAUGGGGCCCGGAUGGAACGCUGUUCUUCGUGUCUGAUCGUAGUGGCUAUUGGCAGUUUUAUCAAUGGAGUAAUAGUGCGGACAGCGACAAGCCACGCGCCAUUGUCAUCGAGGGCCUGGAAAAGGGCGAAUUUGGUCACCCAGAGUGGUUUCUCGCAAGCUGUACAUAUGUUCUCCCCAAUCCCGAUACCAUCGUCGCCACCUGGACGCACGAGGCAGCCGAGCGCCUCGUCAUCAUUGACCUCAAAACCAACACCUACACAUUCCCUUCCCAUGUCGCCUCUCUCACCAGCAUCCGCGACAGCUCCAUAGCCCUGACCUCCGCCACCAGCAUUGCUGUCAUCGCCAGUACCCCGACCUCCCCCAGCACUGUCUACCAUAUCUCUCUAACCUCCGACUCCCCACCCACCAUCCUCCGCUCCUCUACCCUCUCCACCAUUCCCGAAUCCUUCUACUCCCACGCGAAGCACAUCUCCUUCCCCCGGAACACCCCCACCCACCCAAACACCUUCUCCCAUGCUUUCUUCCUCCCCCCGACCAACCCCAACUACACUAGCCCCUCCGGCCAGCUACCCCCCCUCAUCAUCUCCAUCCACGGCGGCCCCACUGCGCACUCGGACCCAGGCCUCACCAUGAUGUGGCAAUACUACACGACCCGGGGGUACGCCGUCGCCUUUCUCAACUACGCCGGAUCCUCCGGCUACGGGCGUGCCUACCGCACCCUGCUGAACGGAUCCUGGGGUCUGCUUGAUGUCAGCGACGCCGCUGAUUGCGCCCGCUACCUCAUCUCCACCGGCCAGGUGCACCCGUCUCGCGUCGGCAUUACCGGAGUCAGUUCGGGCGGAUACGCCGUCCUCCAAGCCAUCUGCGAUUUCCCAUCCCUCUGGGCCGGCGCGAUCAGCAUCUCGGGUAUCAGUGACGUCGAGGCCCUGGUUGCCGAGACACACAAGUUCGAGAGUCAUUACGCUUUCCGUCUUCUCUUUGAUGAUAAGAUCCCUUCGACGGAGGAAGAGAAGCGGACGGUGUAUCGGGCCCGGAGCCCGCGGUUCAAGGCCGACAAGAUCAAGGCUAUGACGAUGUUGUUGCAGGGAACGGAAGAUGAAAUCGUGCCAUUGAACCAGGCACAGGCGAUGGCGGAUGAUGUUGAGCGCAGUGGUGGGGUGGCCAAGUUGGUGAUUUUCGAGGGCGAGGGACAUGGAUUUCCCCGUAAGGCGGAGAAUGGGCUGCAAGCUAUGAAGGAGGAGGAGGACUGGUGGAGAGAGAGUUUUGGGGAGGGGCAGUAAUCAUAUAGUACAUUAUCCCAGGGGGGAGGUGGGGGGAGGAUACGGUAUCUAAUGGAGAUUCGACUCCCAUCAUCGCUAGGACUGAUUGGUAGAGGAGACAAUGCCCCUGCCUAGGAGCCUGGGCACCUGAGAUUGGCUGCUGCUAUACAUUUACCAAAAACAAUGCGACCGACAUGACCGUCACGGAUUUCGGCUCAAGAAGCUACUCCCGUAGACAGACAGAUGCAUGCAUAGGAGAUUAUAGUACGG